AACACUAAACAGUAGAAGGAUUGUGUAAACAAACAAUUUUAAAAUUGCGUUUUUGCUUCGGCUCUAAAGUCUAUACUCGUCGAGUAUCUAAAUUUAUUUAGAUAUGCGUGAUCCGGUACAUGUGACAUUUGUUUCUAAGGCCCAGCUAUAGAAGUUCGUUCGCUUCAAGUGCAUUAUUUUCUUUGACGAUUUAAUUAACAACCAUGAAGUUGGAGGUGGAUAAGAGUCUACUACCUAUUAAGACUCACUUCUUCUUCUUCUUUGCUGCUCUAGGACCAAUUCUGCCACAGAUAAAUGUCUUCGGUCGCCAGUUGGGUGUGUCCGCGGAUGUCAUGGGAAUGGUGACAGCUGUGUUGCCACUUCUGUGGGCCGCUGCCAAACCAAUGGUUGGUUAUGUGGUGGAUUAUUGGCCGAACCACAGAAAACUAGUAUUUAUGCUACUUAUUAUAAUAAUGUCUGGCUCAUAUUGUUGUCUAUGGUUCCUGCAUGUUCCUGACGAGCCUGAAAAAAUCGUAGAAUCGAUAUACAACCUCAACGACACAAUAUAUAUAAAACCUCGCUCGACCAUAGAUAAUUUGACACUUGACAAGUACAACUGCCACUGGAAUUGUUCCACAGACUACAAAUUUAAUUUAUAUCUAUCUAACUCCACGCACGUAACCACAAUGUAUAUAGACGGAGCAGUGACGAAUACAUCUUGCUCGCUCUUACAUAUGCAAAUGGAGACUGGAGGGAGUGAGAUAGCAUGCCUACCGAUACAGGACUGCAAUUUACUGUGCUACGAAGCGACGUUAGAUGCGCGGGAAAAUAAUGAUGGCGGGGUUGAUGAAAGUUAUUCGAGUUUUUACACGACUGUCACGUUUUGGGGAUUUGUACUCAUGAUGAGUGUGGGGACGGUCGCGUUUAAUGUUGCUAACUGUACAAAAGUGAUGGUGCCGGAAAGUAUAAUGCAAGGUCCGACCUACGCAUUAUGUUAUUCCACAAUAGUUGGCUAUGCAGCUCACGUUGCACCUGAAGGCUACUCAGCAACUGUGCAAGGGAUUGUCGCUGGAAUGGACGAUGGUGUGGGUUUUGCUCUAGGAUCUCUAGUAGGGGGUCAACUGUACAGUCGUGCGGGGGGUAGGGGUUCAUUUCGUAUAUUGGCUGGUAUUGCACUGUUCGCUGCGGCUGUCCACGCGCUAUUGUUCGCUUGGCUCACGCGAAAUGACUCAGAACAAAAGCGACCUGAAGUGACGUCACAAGAGGAGGGCGAAAAAAUGCUAGCAUUAAAUAAUAGCAUUUAUCGGGACACCGUCGUUCCAGUUGUAUAGAAGGAUAGUAUUUUAUAAAUUGUAUUACUGUGAUAGACAAUUCAAGAGAUUUAUAUUAUUAUAUAAAAUAUUUUCUUGCCAUAUAUAUUUUUAUCUAUUGUUAGUUGUAUAUAAUCUGUUGUUGUUCUAUUGUUUUUGAUGUUUUGACGUGUUAUCUGUGCCAAAGAUUUAAAAAAUUCCAAAGUGUCGCUUGCAAAAACAAAAAACAAUAUGAUAUUUAUUAUUUAGAUUUAAGAUGGAGUUGAAUAAUGAUACGAAAUUUUAGCACCUAUAUAGAUUUGAAAAUUAUACAUAUCAUAAAGUACAUACUACUUAGUCUAAAAUGUAAUUUUUAUAUACAUUUUGAAUAAAAAAUAUAUUUUAAA